GCCACGGUGCGUCGGGAUGGCACUACAGUAGUCGUCAGCAGCUCGUUCUGUUAUGUAGGGUGGAGCUUUUAACCACACUCUGUCUCAGGUAGGUCUUCGGCGUCAUCGAACAAGGUUAGGCUCUCCUCUGCUCUGGCAUUUUUAUGUAUCUGAUUAUGAGUCAGACAUGAGUAGCCUACCACGUCAGUAUAAGUAAUCUUCACAGCCAAGUUCAGAGGACAGGCGCCCAACCGUUUCAGAGAGUGUCCCCUUGCAGAGAAGGAGUAGCGUUCUUUAUCACGGACUGAGAGUUCCCCAGACAAGUUAACUACUACGAUCUCUUUCCGGUACUUUGGAGCCCGCGUUCCGUCGCUAAACCUGACACACCACCCAGAACAAAGAUGCCUAAAAUGGUCAAUGUCCGGAUCACCACAAUGGAUGCUGAGCUGGAGUUCUCCAUUCUUCCCAGCACCACCGGCAAACAGUUGUUCGAUCAGGUGUCCAGAACGGUCGGUCUGCGGGAGCUCUGGUACUUCGGCCUGCUGUUCGUCAACAACAAAGGGUUCCAAACGUGGCUGAAGUUUGAUAAAAAGGUGAUAUCCCAGGAAGUAAAGAAAGAGGUUCCUCUCCAGUUCCGUUUCCGGGCCAAGUUCUACCCAGAGGAUGUGGCUGAGGAGCUGAUCCAGGAGAGCACCCAGAAACUGUUCUUCCUGCAGGUGAAGGAGGACAUCCUAACUGAUGAGGUGUACUGCCCUCCAGAGUCUGCUGUUCUGCUAGCCUCCUACUCUGUACAGGCCAAGUUUGGAGACUUCAAUAAGGAGACACACCAGAAUGGUUACCUGACCAAUGAACGCCUGCUGCCCAAGAGAGUGCUGGAUCAACACAAGCUGUCUAAAGAACAGUGGGAGCAGCGGAUCCAGACCUGGCACGAGGAACACAGAGCUAUGCUCAAGGAGGAUGCUAUGCUGGAGUAUCUAAAGAUCGCCCAGGACUUGGAGAUGUAUGGAGUCAACUUCUUUGACAUCAAGAACAGGAAGGGGACAGAGCUGUGGCUGGGGGUAGAUGCCCUGGGACUCAACAUCUACGAGAAGGUCGACAGACUGACUCCAAAGAUCGGGUUUCCUUGGAGUGAAAUUAGGAACAUUUCAUUCAGUGAUAAAAAGUUCAUCAUCAAGCCCAUUGAUAAGAAAGCUCCCGAUUUUGUGUUCUACGCCCCUCGGCUGGGCAUGAAUAAGCGUAUCCUGGCUCUGUGCAUGGGGAACCAUGAGCUAUACAUGAAACGCAGGAAGCCGGACACCAUCGAGGUGCAGCAGAUGAAGACUAAGGCCAGGGAGGAGAAGCACCAGAAACAGAUGGAAAGGGCCCAGCUGGAGAAUGAGUGCCAGACUCACUUCCUUCAUAAUCUAAUCAGAAGAAACAGGGAGGCCAUGGAGAAAGAGAAGGAUCAGAUGGAGAGAGAGAAGCAGGACUUGAUGCUAGAUAUAUAUGUAUUUGAAUAUAAUGUCUGUCUGUCUGUAACAGAACUGCAGGAGCAGCUGGAGAGAGCUAUCCGUCUGGAAGAGGAGAGGAGGAGGGUGGAGCAGGAUGCAGCCAGGCUGGAGGCUGAGAGACAGGCUGCUCUCCUGGCCAAAGACGAGCUGGCCAGGCAGGCCGUGAUUCAGCUAGAGAGUCAGGAACAGCUGGCUGCAGAGCUGGCAGAGUACACUGCUAAGAUCGCCCUGCUGGAGGAGGCCAAGAGGUUCCAGGAGGAAGAGGCUGAAACAUGGCAGAGCAGGGCUAGGGAGGUACAGGAGGAUCUUCUGAAGACUAAGGAGGAGCUUCACCUGGUAAUGGCCGCCCCCGCUGCCAUCCCAGCCCCUCCCUCACCUGACAGCAGCAACAGCAGCCACAGUGACCAGGAGGAAAGCGAGGAGAACAGCACGUACAGCGCUGAGCUGCAGCAGCAAGACAUCAACGACCACCGGGAGGAGGAGGAUCGUGUUACCGAGGCCGAGAAGAACAAACGCAUUCAGGCACAACUAAUGUCCCUGAGCGCUGACCUGGCCGAGACCAGAGACGACACCAUGAAGACCCAGAACGACCUGCUCCACACGGAGAACGUCCGCGCUGGCCGAGACAAGUACAAGACCCUGCGGCAAAUCCGUAUGGGUAACACCAAACAGAGAGUGGACGAGUUUGAAUCCUUGUAGACCACAGAGAGAGAGGGGGAGAGAGAGAGAGUGUGAGGGGG